CAAGGCACUCGAGAACGGUACGAUAGCGACAGUUGAGUUUGAAGCUCGCCCAAGUUCACAUCUUCCGCUUCUCCGAUGCGACGAGCCGGGAAUAGAGGAGCCAAUUUUAAUUCAAUUCAUCUUUUAACCGAUCGUGAUUGAAGUAAUUAACGACGAACGGGUGUGCUUUCCCAUUCAGCGGCUCGCAAUGGAAAUGGUGGAAACUGGUGGUGCACCAGCGAACGUGGACCUGGGCGCUUCGGAAAAGAUGCCCCAAAAGAGAGGCGCCGACAUCAACUAUGGGAUCGACGAUGCGCCACCAUGGUACCUCAGUAUCUUUAUGGCUUUGCAGCACUACCUCACCAUGAUCGGUGCUAUUGUUUCCAUACCGUUCAUACUGACGCCUGCUCUGUGCAUGGAAGACGAAGAUCCCUCUCGAGGAAUAAUCAUCUCUACAAUGAUUUUUGUUACCGGUUUGGUAACAUACAUCCAAGCCACCUGGGGAUGUCGCCUUCCGAUUGUCCAAGGGGGUACCAUUUCCUUCCUAGUCCCAACGUUGGCCAUUCUCAACCUACCGGAAUGGCAAUGCCCUGCAAAAGAUGUGAUCGCGGCCAUGAGUCCGGAGGACAAAAGCGAACUGUGGCAGAUAAGAAUGAGAGAACUUUCCGGGGCGAUUGCAGUGUCGGCACUGUUUCAAGUUUUCAUUGGAUACACGGGGUUGGUUGGGAAGUUGCUACGGAUUAUAACUCCGCUGACCAUAGUCCCUACCGUGUCUCUGGUGGGCCUAACUCUAUUUUCGCAUGCUAGUGAAACCGCAUCAAAACACUGGGGAAUAGCAGCUGGAACGAUCCUCCUGAUGACACUGUUUUCACAGGCCAUGACCAAUGUACAAGUGCCAACGCUAAAAUACCGUAAAGGACACGGUGUAGAGAUUGGCUGGUUUCCGUUGUUCAAACUUUUCCCAGUCCUGCUGACAAUCAUUAUUAUGUGGUCAUUAUGUGCAGUGCUAACGGCGACCAACAUCUUUCCAGAGGGCCAUCCAGCGCGCACAGAUGUGCGACUGCGUGUGCUUCAAGAUGCCUCGUGGUUCCGCAUACCGUACCCAGGACAGUUUGGCGUACCGACAGUUACCCUAGCCGGGGUGUUAGGAAUGCUAGCCGGAGUGUUGGCAUGUACUGUGGAAUCCAUCAGCUACUAUCCGACUGUUUCGCAAAUGUGCGGCGCUCCUCCGCCACCACUUCACGCCAUAAACCGAGGAAUUGGAACUGAGGGGCUUGGCACGGUGCUAGCUGGCUUAUGGGGAUCCGGAAAUGGUACAAACACAUUUGGCGAAAACGUAGGCGCCAUAGGCGUUACAAAAGUAGGCAGUAGGCGAGUUAUUCAAUGGGCUGCUAUGAUCAUGAUUUUACAAGGAGUUCUGAACAAAUUUGGUGCAGCCUUUAUCAUGAUUCCGGAUCCGGUGGUUGGAGGAAUAUUUUGUGUUAUGUUUGGUAUGAUAGCCGCAUUUGGACUAUCUGCCUUACAAUACGUUGAUCUACGUUCUGCGCGGAACCUGUACAUCCUAGGACUAUCGAUCUUCUUCCCUCUUGUUUUGUGUUUGUGGCUGAAGGAUCAUCCAGAUUUCAUUCAGACUGGAAAUAAAACCGUGGACUCGACGCUAUCAGUACUACUUGGCACAAGCAUUCUCGUUGGCGGAUGUCUGGGAUGCAUCCUGGACAAUCUAAUACCAGGGACACCAGAGGAGCGUGGAUUAAAAGCAUGGAGUAAUGAGAUGGCACUCAACGUCGAGAAUAUUGUGAACGACGGAACACAAUCAACAUUUGAUUUCCCGUAUGGAAUGCAAUUGUUAAGAAGCUGGAAAUGGACGCGGUUCGUGCCCUUCUUACCUACUUAUAAGAUGAAAUUAUAGGCAACAACAGUAGAAAUGAGAGCAACAAGUGCGGCACAUCAACGGUUUUACAUAAAAUAUUGCAAUUUUAUUUUAAGCAGAGCUCCAAUACGAACAAAAAUAUAUGAAACGUGGAAUACCGAAAAACUCCAAACUCA